CUAGAGUUCUUUUCUGUUUAAGGGAACUAUAUUGGAGGUUUUCACGAUAAUCAGGGGCCCUUUGAAUGCACCUCCCAGACAUUGAGCCCAGGUGACAUUUGUCACGCUUGUCUGGCGUUUUGCAUUAUUUAUAAUAUGGAGCACGGCUUUUAUAAAUACCCUUAGCUGAAAGACUCUAGCACCAUUGGGGACUAGAGCGCACAUCAUGCAGUCAACUCAAACAUACCCGGCGUAUUACGGCACGGCUACCGAAAAACCUCAAUCGCAUGUUCAGUCACUGGACUUUCCAUACUCUCAAUGCCGAAUGCAAUCGCCCAACUACUACGGGCAAACUUCUAUGCCGAAUUUUAUGGCCGCUAUGCCAAGCAACACUCAUUCGACCCAAGUCAACGGCUAUAGCCCCGAGCCUAUGCAGUCAUUCCAGGGACAAAUGCCGAAUACAAACAAUACAGCAAGUCCAAUAGAUCACCAGAGCUACUUCUCAGGUAGCGCUGAACCAGGGCAGAACUGUUCGUUCCAUCAGUACGCUUGGCUUAAAAGUACCGCUCCUGAUAACUGGUGGCCGAACUCCACGACAGGGAACUCCGGCUGGAGUAAUCGAGCUGAGGGCAAGCGCAAGAGGACUGCGUAUACGAGAAAGCAACUUCUGGAGUUAGAGAAAGAAUUCCACUUUAAUCACUUCUUAACAAAAGAGCGGAGAUCUGAAAUGGCUUCGCAGUUAAACCUCACGGAAAGGCAAGUUAAAAUCUGGUUCCAAAAUAGGCGGAUGAAAUGGAAAAAAUGCAAUGCGCAAGCCCUGACAAAAACCUCCAAGUCACCAUCGCAGGGUGGCCUUUCAACAUCGGGAAGACAGGACUUACAUAAUAUGAACAACUCCACGACGCCUUCACAGCACAACUCAGAACAACUAACUACUACGAAUCAAAUCUCCAACUCUCAAUUGCAGAACUGUAUGGGCUUCAGGGGGCAUUAGGAGGGAAUGCGCGUUAAAAAAACUGAACCUGAAAAUCUAAGAUCCUUUCCAAGACAAAAUGUAGAUACGCAUAUAAAAAGACCGUAAGUCAUUAUAAUAGUUUAUUCAACAAAAAAACGAAAGAUUUUUUAUUAUUAUUAGAGAUAGAAUAGUCGAAUUUAAAGUCUUUCCCUGCUCCUGGAGAUCUUUAAAGAGCAAGUCUAUAUGGUUCAAUAUUUGGAAUAUGUCGCCCAGUUAAUCUUUUUUUAGAGGAACUUUUUACCUCAUAAUGACCAUUAUUUAGAAAUUCAAAAAUUAUUAUCUAUGAUAGGUGAGUCGAAGCUGUACAUAUUGUGAAUAAAUGCUAUUGACAGAAGAACCAGAUAUAUUUCUCAGCACCGAUGACUUUUUAAACGAGAAUUAAGAGAAAGAACGCUUUACGUAGAAGACAAACCGCGAAGAACACCGUGAAACAGUGAACUUUUGAAUUCCUUAAAGUAAAUAACGUACAUCACAAUUAGCCCUACUAAACUUAAUCAAACUAACUGUAGAUUCAUCCUAAGCGGAAGAAUUUGAGUAUAAUUCGCCUCUUGGUCGGUUUGGAGUAAACAGAAAUAAUGUGAUUUCAAGUCAAGUACCGCAAAGAGAAAGUUCUAGAGCCGAAAUUUCUAGUUCAGUUUGUCGUGGGAAGAUGCGAAUUUCGGAGAGUUAAAAGCAUGAUUUUUUCCCCUAGCUAUUUUAUAGAGCUAAGUGGCUGUACAAGAUAGAGAAUGUUUCCGAAAACAACAAGUUGUGGUUGACAAACAGAUUAGAACGACGAGUCUCCUCGACGCUCCUCCUCCGUGAGAAAACUCUGCUGGAAAACAAGACCCGUUAAUAAAAACCGGUCCUUCCAUUGGUACCCUGUAUUUUCGAGUUAUACCAACGAAUUAAUUGGAGAACCCGAAAUGGUAUAUAUAAUUUGCGUUUUCCAACCAUUGGUUAGAACAAAGGAACAAAUUUGGCAUACCUUGGGUUUGUCCGAAUAGGUGUUAGACUAAGGCGCGAAAUUGCUCUAAAUGUGAAAAUCUGUAAAAACAAUCAGAACAAAUUAUAAAUUAACACAAUAGCCCCAACGUCAAGGCCAAGCGUCCAACAGCUAUACCCAAACAGACUAUUCUUUGUUCCCUCUUUGGGGUUUUUCUUUACUAUGGCGGCGUUAAAGUUUUAACAAUCGUUGGUACAUUUUCACUUAACCCAUAUAGCGGCAAUGUAACGUUUUCCAAACGGAAACCGGCAAAAACAUGAUGAAUCAUUUUGUCGAACAAAUAUUCCUUUUCGGCGAUGAUACCCAAGAUUUUAUAGUCGGUCUAUUUGUACAACGGAACACAAGACGAGGCAAUAUAUUUAAAUGUUCAGUUUACAAAAUGACUGAACAGCUGCUUCAUAUUCUGGUUCCCACAAAGCAAAUCUUCGUCGUUCGUAAAUUACUGAAGAUCAUUUUAACGUUUGGGCCAACUAUUAAAGCGUAGUUCUCGUUUAACAAAAUCACGAAACAAAUGUAUAAGAGCAAGAGGAUUCGCCCAACACAUACAUUCGUUUGAAUGAGCAGUUGUAUGAGCCCACAUUAGGGGGGUUGAUGGAAAAAAGAGAAAAGGAAGAAAGCCGACGUUCUACUACGACAUUUAAAACAGACUAAAAAGUAAACGGCAUCUUACAAUUUCCAGUUUAGUUUUUUUGGUCGAAACCAAGUGGAGUACGCACGCCUUUAUUUUUUAAUAGAGAAUAGCCUUUCCUUACAUGCCUAAUUGAUUUCUUUGCUAAUAAACAAGUCCAGGAAGAAGUUUAAGUACACUCUAAAGUUGAAUUUCAAUAAAUGGAUGAAAUACUAGUUCACACCUGCGGAGACAUUAUCGGGUCGCCUCAUUAGAGCUAUCCUUCGUUAUGUUGUUGGUGCAUGUGAAGAAAGCAAUCCAGAUGAUUACGUCGCGAUAGAGGCCACAGACAAUGCGUCUUUACGAUCGCAACGCAUCUUUCCGCUCACAUUAAACCCCCGUUAUCCGAAAUCUCUUUAAAAGAUAGCGAAAUAUCCCUAUGGUUUCCUUUCAAAGAAAGUUAAGCUGCGCUUUAAAAACCCAAUGAAAUAGGUUUCAAAUCCUAUUUUACUCCAAAUAAAAUAAAGGGCUUUUCAUUUAAGCCAAGAUAAUAAGAACUGAUUUCUGCUUUAUGUUAAAUCUGUAGUGGGAUGGUAUGUUUGGUCUACGAGGAUAGAGUUGUUCUUGGUGAUAGUAAUCGCCGCGUAGUUGACAAAGUGUGGUCGCCUUUUCGUCACAUGGCUAAUCCUGCCAUGUUCUACAAGAAACCCCUUGACUCAGAACGGAAGAGCCACAAAGCCGAUGCCACCAGCUUCGUAUAUUUGUGGGGAAAAAGUUACUCAUAACAAACGAAGGACGUUUUCAUAUCCAAUAUCCCAUUUAAUGCUUUUUUGUUAUUUGAAAAAACAUAAACGCACUUGCAUCAAAUAAAAACAUUUUUUUAGAGUCUUAAAGAAUUUCCAAGUUGGCAAAUCUCGUGUAUUUUGUUGGUCCUUAUUUGGUAUUCAUCUUGUGAAAGACCUCUUGACAGGUAUCUAAGAUCGAGUGAAUUUACAUAUGUCAUCUAAGAGCAAUCACGCUCAGCUCAUUGCUAGAGUGGUUCACAAGCACUGAUC